AGUACUUCACCGUCUGGAAACUUCGGUUAUUCCUUGCCGUUAAACACCAUGGAAGAUCUGCAGCGGGAGCGGGAACGGGUGGAACGACGCCACCUCCGCGAGAAAAAAGAGCUGCAGGACCGCAUCCAGACCAUGAAGAAUGCGGUGCCUAAGAGCGACAAGAAGAAAAGAAAGCAGUUGCUCCUAGACGUGGAGCGCCUUGAGGCCGAAUUGGAGCAGAAGCAUCAGCAGGAGCUGGAGAAGUUCGGGGAAAUUUACCCUGAUACCACCAACAUCGAUGCCGUCGCUGCAGGUCUGGCCAAGAUGAAUCUUGAGAAUCGCCCGCCCCGCCUGUCGAAAGUGCAGAAAAGGCGCGAAAGAAGGGCGGCGCAAGAGAGAGAGCGCCAGAAGAUGGCGGAGGAGGCUGAUAUGGAUUACAUGUCUAGCCACCGCCGCAAGGAAGAGGAGAAGCUGGCCGCCAUCCUCGCAGCCAAGAACCUGGAGAUGAAGUAUAUCCCGGUUGACAGCCACUGCAUGUACCGCGCCAUCCAAGACCAGCUGUCUACCUCCGAGACGCUGGAGUGCCUGCGGAGCCGCACCGCUGACUACAUGCGACAGCACAUCGACGACUUCCUGCCGUUCUUCAGCGACCCCGAAACCGGAGAUUCCUACAGCUCCGACGACUUCUUGAGCUACUGCGACGACAUCGAGCACAACGCGUCGUGGGGAACCCAGCUGGAGCUGAGAGCCCUGUCGCACGUCCUGCAGUGCCCCAUCGAGGUGGUCCAGACCCCGGCGCCCGCCUUCGUCGUCGGGGAGGAGUACACCGAGAAGCCGCUCGUCCUCGUCUACGUGCGUUACUGCUCCAGCUUCGGGGAUCACUACAACUCGGUGAAGCCGCUCCCAGCCGGCGCCGUUGGGGGCGCCGCCCCGCGGCUCUUCUAGGCGGUCGCGGUCGCGACUGCCGAAGCCAUCGCCGGUGCCGUUGCUGUUGCCGCUGCCCUGCCGCCAUGGCCGUCGCCGCUGCCGCUGCCCCGCUGCUGUUGCUGUUGCCGUUGUCGUUGCCGGUGCCUUUACCGUCGCCGUUGCCGUUGCCGCUGCCGCCGCCGCCGCCGCCGCUGCCGCCGGAUCCGCCGCUGUCGUUGCCGGUGCCUUUGCCGUCGCUGUUGCCGCUGGAGCCAGAGCCGGAGCCAGAACCGAAGUCGCCGCCGGGUCUCUUAGUAGGCUCAGUUUUUUCUGUUGACUUUCUCUGGUUUUUCUUCGUUUUCUCAAAAUUGUUAUCCCCCACUUCCCUUUCCUACCCCGUCAUUCUUCUUUCUCUCUCCUUUGCUUUCCUUCAUGGUAUCUGUAUUUUAUCACUUUGGAAGAGUCAGUUUGAGAAGUUUCAACCCCGUCUGAUUGUUCAUGAAUAGGUUGGAUAACUUGCAUAAAUUUGGUGUUUUAUGUACUUGCAACAAGAGUGCCUUUAGUAUUUUCUGUUCGUUAAAAACGUGUGUAGUUUCAAACUAAUCUAACUUGCUUAGGUAUUUGCUAAACUUCAAAUAAUAGUGUUUGUUAAAUGUAGAAGAUAAAUAUAAGUGGUAAUAUAAGUUUAUGUAUAAGUGCAAACUGAUAGGCUAAGUAAGGUUUACUGUAAGGUGUGGAAGAUCUCGAUUUAAUUUCCUUUAUUAAAGAUAACACAGGGAUGUGACUUUCUUCAAGUAGCUGAUCCAUUCUGUUAUACCUACAGUUGGCAUGAGGUU